AUGGUACAUAUAGGAGCGGUUAAAAUCCUCCUAAAAGCACAGUUUAGAGAUGGAAUUAAUUUUCCUAUAAAAAUAGCCCUUGUUGAUAACAGAAUUAUCAAUAGGCAAGACGCUCUUCUUGGAGCAAUUCAAGGAAAUUUAGCUUAUGGUAAAUUUAUGUUUACUGUCUAUCCUAAAUUUGCUUUACAUCGAGAUUCAAAAGAUUUCAAUAAAACUUUAAGUUUUAUACAUCAGUGUGAAAGAACUGAUCUUAUGGAACCAGGUAAUAAAGUGUUUACGAUUAAUUAUUUAGUCUCAUAUGCUUUAACAAAUAGCACUCAUUCAAUUGAGUACAAAGAAAAAGAAAGCAUAGCAAUUGAGGAUAUAUUCUCAGAUAUUGGAAUUGUUGAAGGCAGUAAAUUCGCCGAGCCAUCACAAUUACAAGAAAACUGGGCAAUUGAUAUUGCACGAAAUAAACAAGUUUUAGUAUCAAAACCUAGACACAGUUAUGCUGGAAACUCUUUACAAAUAAGAGAAUCAAGUAAUACUGUACUUGCGGAUUAG